AAAAAGGAAAAAUGUGUGGUCGCAGAUCCCCUGAUCGAAACUGCAUGUAGCUUGGCCUGGCCGAGAAACCCAAAACGGCGGGUCGUGCGCUGCUCCCAAAACCCUAAACGGAAGACUCAGUUCGUUGGGACUCGGAGACAAAACCCUAAACAGCAUAAGCCGUUUCCCAGCUCAAUUUCGAAGCAUCAUUUGACCCGCUUCCGGUCAACCUUUUGCACAGCGCGAGAACGCACAGGGCCUAGCCAUGGAGGUGGAUGCCGACGCCGGCGGCGGCUCUCUCGUCCUGCUGAAGCAAGGUGCAGAAGCUAGAGUUUUCGAGUCCAAUUUCGUGGGGAGGAGGUGUAUCGUCAAAGAGCGCUUCUCGAAGAAGUACCGGCAUCCGUCCUUGGACUCGAAACUCACUUCGAAGCGCUUGAAUGCGGAGGCUAGGUGCAUGACGAAAGCGAGGCGCUUGGGGGUCGCCACUCCUGUUCUGUACGGUGUGGACCCAGUGCUGCAUACUCUGACGUUUGAAUACGUGGAUGGCCCUUCGGUCAAGGAUGUGUUUCUCGAGUUCGGGUCGCAUGGUGUUGUGGAAGAGCGUUUGGAUGAUAUCGCUGUGCAGAUCGGCGAUGCAAUUGGGAAGCUUCAUGAUGGAGGUCUGGUUCAUGGAGACCUGACCACGUCGAACAUGUUGAUCCGGAGCAGCACUAAUCAGCUGGUCCUUAUUGAUUUUGGUCUGAGCUUUACAUCAACACUUCCAGAAGAUAAAGCUGUUGAUCUGUAUGUACUUGAGAGAGCGCUGCUUUCCAUGCACUCGUCUUGUGGAAAUGUGAUGGAUCGCAUACUUGCUGCAUAUCGGAAGUCCUCAAAACAGUGGUCGUCUACAUUGAACAAACUAGCUCAAGUGCGGCAAAGAGGUCGAAAGCGUACAAUGGUUGGAUAAUCGAGCUGCUCUGCAAUACCUGUGGUGAAGACAUUGAUAAUUAAGUGACUGAUAUGUGAAUGAGCUACAUUACCCUUUGAUUAUGGUAAUUGUAUUUUCUAUCAAAAACUGCCAAUGUCAAGCAGUGACAUUUUUAUAGAUGGUGUACGAUGAUCGGUUGUCCAUGUUUUCUUUGGCAUACCACGGUUCCCUGGAUUUCAUAUAGCAGAUAAAGAUAGAUUAGAUGACUCCUGAUAGCUUCAUUCCUUUGAACCUUUAUAAUUAACUGACAUGAUUUUGGGGAUUUGAAUAAUCAUGAUAAGCAGAAUGCUUUAUCUAGCA